UUCGCACUGCUCCGUACGCUUUCCGCACUUCUCUGUUCUGUUCACACUUUCGCACAGUGGAUGGACGGAUUUUGGUUCGACUCGUGAUUGAGUGUACGGAGCGAACGGUGUCCGGUGGAGGAGGCAGCAGAAAACGGCAGCGCAGCGAACGGAGAUCCUCACUUCUUCUAUUUUUACUUCUGACGCGAGAAUAGCCUCUGUACCGCUGGCGGUGAUCGGAAGACGAGAUUUUUGGUUUGGUCAGCUUCUGUGGCGGCGAAGAAUUCGACAAGGAAAAGUAAGGUUUUCGCGCUGCAACAGAAAAGUGUGCACGGUAAAGAUAGCGGCGCGAGUUAGCUGUAAAUUGGUCUCCGGGUGAGCAACCAAAACAGUUAGGAUCAUGGAAGGUGAACAGGACAAGAAGCCGCAAGAGGGUUCCGAGGCGACGAAAACAGCACCAGCUGCAGCGGCAGCGCCAGCAAAUGGAUCGCCAGUGGUCGCGGCCGAGGCGACAUCAACAACACAAGGCGAGGAAGUUCUCACGAAGCGCGCGAUUCGUGUAAAAACAUGGAGGAAAAUCCAGGAGGAGAAAUGCGCGGUACCAUACACCAGGAUUUUCAACCGCAUUCCCGAUUUUAUAGGAACUGACAAGGCAGCAGCACUUCUAGCUGAUACUCAGGAAUUUAAAGAUGCCAAAAACAUCAAAGUAAACAUCGAUCGGGCUCAGGAUCCCGUCAAAAUGCAAGCGAUCAACUGUGGUAAAAACUUGUACCUGUCCUCUGGAAGACAUUCAAAGGCAAUCUACACUAAAAUUGAUUGUGCACCUGAUGCUGACGAGAAGCAGAAAUCCAAGGUUAUCAAAAUUCAACGACUAAAAGAAGGACGUAAUGACAUAGAUUUGGAAAAUAAAGUGAAAUUAGACAUGGUUGUCGUCGGAUCUGUUGCCGUAUCACGGGAUGGAUAUAGAAUUGGACGCGGUAACGGUUUUGUCGACUUGGAGAUAGCCAUCUACUUGCACUUGGGGAUUGUAACACCAGAAACAGUUAUUGUAACAGUCGUACAUGAUAUUCAGGUCUCCGAUACAUUGCCAACGGCUCUUUUCCAAAGGUUUGAUGUACCAGUUGAUAUUAUAGUUACACCUACCGAAGUGAUUCGUGUCGCAAAACGUCUACCACGUCCAACUGGGCUGUUCUGGGAGCUUCUUUCUGAAAGGCGUCUCAAAAUUGUCCCCGUCUUGCAAAUUAUCAAGGAAAACGAAGAAAAAUCGGGUAAAACGAUCAACUUGAAGGGUGAGGAUACAGAUGUUGAAACCAAUGCACGACCGCAAAGACCAAGACGACGUGCCUAUAAAUCACGAAAUAUACGCAAUCGGACUAAAAUGAAUUCUGAAAAUCAAGAAAACGUGACACCUAGGUCGGAUAGGAGAAGGCGAUUCGGUGGAAGGCCAAGGAAACCGAGGUCUGAUGGUGAACAGUCUUCCGAGAACAAGGAAAACAACCAACCGGUCCGACGAAAGCGGAACAAUAGAGACUUUUGCAUUAAAGUUUCGAAUAUUGCGAAGUGUGUACGAAUCAAGGACUUGAAAGCAGAAUUACGAAAACGCAAUUGUAAUCCAAUCUACAUUUCAUGGAAAGGUGCUUUUGGUCGCUGCUACCUGCAUUUCGCCAAGCGCAAGGACAAGGAGCGUGAAGCGGAAAUCGAAGAGGUUUUGAAAUCUUUGAACGAUCUGUCUUUGACAGUGCAAAUGACUGGCGAAGAGCAGGAAAAAACGAUCCAACUCGGAGUAGAGUUAUUGAAGAUUGACGAGGAGAAAAAUCGCCUGGAGGCGGUUAACAGUUCGACUGUGUAGUUUCGUUAUUUGCGGAAAAAGCAGCUAAAACGCAAACCAAGUGAAUUGUCGACGGUUCUAGUAAUCUCAUAGAAGAUUAAUUAUGCAAAUGAGUUUACACUAAUUAAAAUGGACUACGUUUAGGAACUUCUUAAAAUUAUUACUACAACGGUCGAAAACUACUAUAGUUAACAGUGAGUAACAAAAAUGUGCGAUUGGAAAACAAGAGACACAUGGUUUCAAUCACGGAAUGAAAUUUUAUUGACACAAAUGUUUUGUCGGCGAAUUCGACGGGUUUUAUACUUUACCAAGGGUUAAUUUCAUUUCUUAAUCAAUGAUUGUGUGUUCGAGGAGAUCGUUUCGUUUUUUCAUCCUAAAAGAAUAUUUGUGAAAAAAACGCGCAAUGGUAGACUAGAUUGCUGCUUUAUAAUAUUUGAGAAAACGUUUACUAAUUUUUGAAUUUUUGAAUAUUGCGGCAACGUUUUGUUGAUGCACUUUACGCGUCGAGUUCCUGCCAAGCGAUAAGUUUCUGUUUACCUCAUUUAUUUUGCUGCAGAACAUCACAAAAUGCUCAUUUGAAUCGUUCAUUUCCAUUUCGUUGCAAUAUCGUUGGAGUAGUAGGAUCGGAUGCUGGAUUUCUUGGUGUGGGUAAUCGCAACCGAGUGGCUGUUCGAGGAAAAACCUUUACCAUCUAAAAUAGAUUAAAUACAUUUUACAUUUUGAAUUGUAUUUCAUAGAACGCAUCAAUGCUUUGAAAGCACGUUUUUAAUUCCUUUUCUGUGUAUUUAAACUCUAUUUUAUGUUUUUGCUUGCUAAUCAUUUCGCUGUUCACCAUUCUCCUUUUGCUUCGAGAACAGUUUCAAGCGAUAAUCGAAAUUUAAAUGAAAAAUCGUAAAAAAAAACUGAAGCUUUAACGGGGUAGUAUUUUGAAGUAAUCGUGCAAAUAGAUCAUUUUUACCAUAAUAAAACAGGAAAAAAAUUAUAAAAACAUCUAUGUAUUAAGGGUAACCUUUUUCCAGUUUCACAUAUAGCAUACAGUGCAUCUGUGGGUUUCCCUCUUUGUUUUUUCUUUGCUUAGUUUUCUGAUUUGAGCUGCCUCAUUAUCAGGAGACGAGGUGAAAAGUCUGAAACUUGAGGAAAUCCAUGGAUUCAUUUCCAAAACUGUUUAAAAAAAUGCAAUAAUGGAAUUUGCAUAGUAAUAUAAACGAUUUUUACACAAAAAGAAUAAGACAAAGAAGCCUUAUCGUCGAGAACAAAGUGCAUUUAACGAGGAAUAGUUGAGAAUUGACCAUUUUUUUAUAUUUUAAAAAUGAAAGAAAUUAAUGAAUUUUCCAAAUGCGUCUCCUUGGAUAAGACUGCUUAAGACUUCUUUCUCUUACGAGAUUUUAUUUACAAGAAAAAUAUAUUUUAUACGAAAUAACUAUAUAUUAUAUAUAAAUGGAUGUCGUUCAUAUAUUUAUAUAUUUUCUUAACGGAAUUUUGUAGCGAAAAGAUUAAUUUAUGAAAAAGAUAUAAUAUAUAUGGAUUCUGAAUUUUGAUAUGUCGAAA